UGUUGAAGUGCGUUUUCGAAUGCUAUGACCGGCAGCGUAGACUACCUUUUUUUAAACCUCUGUGGGUAAAAUGAAAUCACGAAGAAAAACAUCAGGACCUUGUCGCGAUGUAGAUACGGAUACAAUUUCAGAAAUCGCAAAGCAUUCAGAAGGAGCUGCUUUCAAUAUCGAACCGAAAUGAACACAGGUGAUGACACUGAACAGGAGAAGCUGAAUGGAAUGUAUAUUUCGCCUGUUGGAAGAUGGGAUCAAGAAAGCCACAUAGUCUGAAGUGAUGCGCUUUGUGUUCCUCGUUUUAAAAAGCUCACAAAUGACAAGUUUCCUACUUUAACCGAUUGCAUCAGGAUUUCCAUUACUGACUUGAAGCGCACUGACAUUCUCUAGCAACAAGCUACAGGCAGGGCUGUGGUCUAUUAGCCUAACCACUAGUGUUUGACUAAUAUACCUUGCCUCCGUUUUAAAGUUUUUUCUGAAACAAUACGUUUCACAUUUUGCACAGGACGUUUUGGACAUUAAGGUGAAUGAAGAUGGGCUUUGCUGUGGCUUUUCAGCAGAACCUAGCAAUUCUAAAACUUGAUAUUACGUUAUUUAGUUAACAUUGUAUUGGUUUAUUUUGUCUUGUAACAAAAUGCAAGCUAUGAAUUUGGCAAAUACAGCACUGUUAUGAAUUUCAUUUGAAGAAUUAAGAAAAAAGAUUCUGUAAUGGUAAAAUUGUGACAUGCGCUUUCAGGUCAGUGAGUAAUGCUGUAUACCACACCCCUCUUUGGUGCUUUGAAUUGUAUCCCUGCUUAAGUUUAGUGGUGGAAAUUAGUUUGGCCACUAGAUUCAGGGAUGAAGGAGACGUGCAGGAUCUGCGCCCGCGAGCUGCUGGGUAAUCAGCGGCGCUGGAUCUUCCACCCGGCCUCCAAGCUUGACCUGCGGGCACUGCUGUCCUACGCAUUGGGCCACCAGCUGACCCGCGACGGCCGGGGCGAGUUUGCCUGCAGCAAGUGCGUGUUCAUGCUGACCCGCAUGUACCGCUUCGACACGGUCAUCGCCCGCGUGGAGGCCCUGUCCAUCGGCCAACUCUGGAGGCUGCUCCUGGAGAAGGACCGGCUGCGGCAGUGCAUCAGGGGGCUGUACCGCCGAAGCAACAGCGACGAGCCAGGAGAGGCGCCCGAGAUAAGGAUUGACGGCAAGGCGGACAACUUCAUCCCGCCUGAUGCCAACUAUAGCACCCUACUCCAGAGGGACUGUGCCUACUGCGUGUACGAGUCCUGGGCGGAACUGGAGGACCAGACGCUGGAGUGCACCCCCUCCCUCCUCUGCCACCACCCGUGCCUUUUGCGGGUCUCUGCCCAGCACAGUAGGAGGUGCCGGAGGUGCACCCCCCUGCGUGUGGCCGACUCGGACUAUGAGGCGGUGUGCAAGGUCCCCCGUAAGGUCGCCCGGAGCGUCUCCUGUGGGCCCGCCAGGUACUCAUCCAGCAGCCCAGGAAGCCACUGCGGAGAGGCGCCCAUCGCCGCGGCAACAAUACCUACGGGCUCCCCAACACCUUGCCCCGGGUCAGCUUUGGAGUCCCUGGACAUGGGCGUUGAUGAUUCCAGGGAGGCCCAGUGCUGGGACUCCCCAACUGAGGAGCAUGCGGACCUGGCGUUGGCCCAACGUGUGGCCAGGGAGUGUGCCUACAGGCCUGUACCCCGCCUGCCAGGCAGCCGGCUGCCCAUCCUCGGCAAACCGGGCUCCCCUGGCACUGGGGAAAGAGCAACCAUGUCAAACCCACACUUUGGGACCUCCAACGUCCAGGGACCGUACAAAUUCCCCUCUCGGGUGGAUCCAGCUAGCGACCUGGAGCUGCCAGAUCUGGAGGAGCUCUGGCAUGAUGCCCAUGCGGAGUACCUGCCGUUCCACUUCCGGCAGAACCUGAUUGAAGAGCAGCAGGCCCAGCUGAACCAGUAUGAAUGCGCGGCGGGCCAAUGCGUCAGUGAGCUGCAGAAGGCCCAGCUGCAGGUGCAGUCCCUGCAGGCCAAGAUCCAUGAGAGUGAGACCAACAACGAGAAGCUGCAGGAGAAGCUGUGCGAGAUGGAGUCAGAGCUGCGCUCCAUCAGGCAGGCCGCGCAGUGUCAGGAGCGCACCAUCCAGGGACUGAGCGAGUCCGUCUCCACCAAAGACAGCGAGGCGGAGGAGCUGUACCGUGUCAUCGAGGGACAGAAUGACACGCUGUGCAAACUGCGCGAGAUGGCCCAGUGCAGCCAGCUGCAGCAGCUGCAGGCGUUGGAGAUGGGGCAGGAGGCAGGGCAGAACCCGGCUUUUGGGGCAGAGUUCCUGGCUCUGCAGAACUCCCUCUUCUCCACCCAGCUGGAGCUGGAGGGCAGCCAGCGGGCCCGGCGGCAGAUGGAGAGGCAGGCGGCUGACCACAUCCGUGCUCGCGACCGCCUCCACGCCGACCUGCAGGAGGCGCUGCAAAGCCUGGAGAAAACGGAGAAGCACAACCAGGAGAUGCGCUGUGCUCUUCAGCAGGCUCGCUGUGAGCUGCAGGUAAACGAGGGGCAGGUGAAAGAGAAGGAGGGAGAGAGACAAAUGGAGGUGGAGGAGAGAGAGAAGACCAUCAGACAGCUAAGAAUCUCCCUGAAGGACAAAGAACGCCUGCUGGAGGAAUAUUCAGAACUCAUGGACCAUUCGCGAGACCCCAGUGAGUCCAGGGACACCCUUCUGGACAAGCUGAGGAAGCGCAUCAAAGAAAGGGAUAAAGCUCUGGAGUGCUCCAUCGAUGACAAGUUCCACUGUCUGGAGGAGAAGGAGGAGGAGGUGCGGCAGCUACAGCUCACCCUCAGGGACAAGGAGAGAGACAUGGACAGACUGCGCUGUGUCCUGACCAACAACGAGGAUACCAUCACUAGCCUGGACAGGAUGGUGCAAGGAAAGGAUCUGGAGCUGGAGCAGGUGUCAGAGGCCUACAGGAAACUGCAGUGGCUGAAACAGGAAGCAGAGGAGCGUCAUGGGCGGAGCCUCCAAGAGCGGGACGCCAUAAUUGGCCAGCUGCAGAACUCUCUCCAGAUGCGCACCAAGGAAGUUGAGGAGCUGACUGCAUCGCUGGUCAGUAAGGUCUCAGCAGACUCCAGCGAGGUGGUGGAGAAGCUGAGGCUGCAUCUCCAGCUGAAGGAGCAUCUUUUCAAGGAGGUUCUGUCUGACCGGGCCCAGCAGGCCCAGGAGCACAGCACCGAGGUCCAGGAACUGCUCAGCACCAUCAGCGCCAGAGACCAGUACAUAAAGGAGUCAGCGGGUCGGCUCAGGCAAGCGAUCGGCGAGCGGAUGGGCGAGCUGCAGGAGGUGCGCAGUCAGCUGAUCGCCCGGGAGAGGGAGGUGAGAGAGCUGAACCUUGAGAGGGAACGGCAGGACCGAGAGCCACACCUCGAGCUGGAACAUCUGCAGAGCCAGCUGCGUGAGAAAGAGGCGCUCAUACAGAACCUGGUGGAAGGCCGGGAGGAGCCCAUGGUCAUCACCACGCAAGGAGAGACAGCGCAGGGAUCAUGUGACGCCACCACCAGGAGGCAGGAGGUGGAGGCGGUAGAGGAGGAGCUGAAGCUGGUGUUGAAGAAGGAGAAGGAGGCUCAGCUGGAAGUCUCCACCCUGCGCUCCGCCCUGACCAGCCAGGAGGAGGAGGUGUGCUCCCUGUCCGGUCAGGUGGAGGCACUCACUGCAAGCAUCCAUGCCAAAGAGGAUCUCAUCAAGGACAUGCAAAGGCAUCUGGUGGAGCCCUCUGACUUGCCAUUGGUAGAGGAGCUGACCAAUGAGCUACAGGCACUCAGAGAGGACAGAGCUCAGCAAGACUCCACCAGCACUGACCGCCAGCAGCAUCUUCUGGACCAGCUCAUACUGGAGUACGGCAGCCUGAACGCAGCCCUGAGGACCGAGAUGAAGUUGUAUCACAGCCUGACUCAGACACACGGCCAAGGAGAGGGGUCUUGGAAGACCCUGCAGACGGAGUUGAACAGCGUUCAGGCACUGAGAGGACAGCUCGAGGAGGUCCUAGCAAGGACCCGAAAUGCCGCCCUGGCAGGGGAAGCAGCGGCGAACCCACAGCCCGAUUUUGGAGAGCUCAGUACAGACGAGGAAGGGGAGGAGGAGGAAGAGGAGGAGGAGGAGGAGGAGGAGGAGGAAGAAGAAGAUGGCAGCAGUGAAUUCACAGACAGCAUUGAGGAAGAAGACAGCAAACUGACAGCUCGAACCCUGGCCACUACAAUGGAUUCUGGGGUUGUCUGCAAGCAGGAGGACCCACGCCAAGGUCCGGAGAAGAGGAUGCUAUCCCAGAGUGCAGCAGUGGAUGGGCGGGGCCUGGCUGAGUGGCGGGUGGAGGUGCAGCAGCUGCUGGAGCAGAAGAGGGCAGUGGAGCGGGAGCUGGGGGAGCUGAAGGCACAGCUGGAGAAGGCCGGCUUCGCCUCCCUGUCCCAGAUGAGGACCUCACUCCUGAACAUGCAGCUGGAGAACAGCGAGCUGAAAAAGGCAGCGGGUCAUGUGACGUGCAGAGGGUGGGAGCAAGGUGUGACGGGUGGACUGAGCAGUGUCAGCAGUGGGGGUGUAACCACGGUGACGGGGAAGGACAACGGCAUCCCGGGACCAGAGCCCACGGGGGCUGGUGAGGAGGCGGGGCCGGCUCAGGGCAAACGUGGAGCCCCAAAAGUUCCGCUGCAGGACGGGCAGGGGAAGAGGAGGUGCACCCGGCCUCUGUCUCAGGACCGGGGGGGUCUGCCAUCCCCUUGUCACACACAUCCCUCACUUGCACAGGACGAGGAGCCUGGUAGGAGCAGGCGCGGGGCGUGGGAGCAGGUGGAGGUGGGGCUUCGGUCGGAGCUGGCUCUGAGCAGGCAGGAGAGCCGGGAUCUGCAGGAGAGGCUGAUGGUGUCAGAGGCCACAGUUCAGGCCCAGGCGGAGCAGCUGAAGGACUACAGAGAGCUUCUGACUGAGACGUCAGUGGAGCAGGCCAGUAAGCAGGUUCAAGUGGACCUGCAGGAUCUGGGAUACGAGACCUGUGGCCGCAGUGAGAACGAGGCGGAGAGAGAAGACACCAGCAGCCCAGAGUUUGACGACCUGGAGAUGUGCACCAGCCUGUCGGGGCAGCAGGUGCACGGGGCGCGAUGGUGGGGGAAGGGGGACCCCGGCACGGGGCAGGAGGACGAGGACGUGGAGGCGCUCCGGAGACACGUCCGCGACCUGCGCGCCCAGCUCUCCCGCUCCACCAAGGCCGUGCGCAACCUGCAGGCGCGCGUGCGCUCGCUCUCCGCCACCAGCGACUACGCCUCCAGCCUGGAGCGCCCGCGCAAGGUCAACUGGAGCUUCCAGCCGUCGCCCGCCCACAGCGCCGCCGAAGAGGACGAGGGCUGGCAGUCGGACGGCCCGGGCCACGCCCCCGAACCGCGCCCCAACCGGGCCCUCAGGGAGCUGGUGUCCCGCGUGGCCUCUCUGGAGGCCCAGCUGAAGAGCUCCAAGCUGGAGGGCAAGAGCGUUGCAGAGGACCCCAAAUCCGCCACCUGGCCAGGGAAGUACAACACGCUGAUCCAGGCGCAGGCCCGCGAGCUGUCUCACCUGCGGCAGGCGAUGCGGGAGGGCCGGGGCGUGUGCCACAUCCUGUCCCAGCACCUGGGCGACACCACCAAGGCCUUCGAGGAGCUGCUGCGCGCCAACGACAUCGACUACUACAUGGGCCAGAGCUUCCGGCAGCAGCUGGCGCAGAGCAUCGCGCUGGCACAGCGCGUUGGCACCAAGAUCAGCGGAUGGGAUCGCUCAGAACUCCCUGAUGACAAAAUGGGCCAUGAGCUGCUUGCGCUGCGACUGAGUAAGGAGCUCCAGCAGAAGGACAAGAUCAUCGAGUCCCUUCACACCAAGCUUCAGCAGCACGCAGAUACGCCCUCCAGUGGUCACGCCCUGUCCGAAUCCACUGACCAAUCAGACAGAACCUCCUUCGUGUCAGACGAGCAGGGCUCCACCAAUGAGGACCUGGAGCUAUGCUCAGACAUGGAGGGCCCCAGCGAGUAUGUGCCGGAGGAACGGAGUGCGCGAGCAGGGCACAUGCAGAUCACAGAUUCACCUCCCAAAAAUGGCACUCCAUCACAGCACAUAGCUAUCCCAUCACCCACCACUGCAUCUCACGGAGUUCAGUCAUCUGCUAGCUGUCCCAGUACACCACAUGACCCAGUGAAGACUCAGGUCCAAGAAGGCCUGUAUUCUGGGCCCGUGUCCAGCUCUCUCCCCGUCCCCCUGACCCGCUACUGCCCUGACCUCACACCCUUUGACCCCCGCUCUCCCCUCGUGGGACCCGGGGGAUUCUCCCUGGGCGACAUUCACCAGGAGCUUGAGAUACUGCAGAAAGAGCUGGGAGAAAGUUUCAGUGUGCCUCAUAUGAAGGCGCUCUCGGACUUACCCCCAGAUGCCCACUCCUACCCUGAGCUCUCCAGCUACCUACCUCUAUCCCAUCAGGCCUUUCGCCAGCCCCAGCUCACCAGCACUGACAGGAGCGCCACCUUGAAGGGGGACGUGGAUGUGCUGGAGAACAGUGCAUUGUGGGAAGCGCCCCAUGCCAGUCUGCCAGUGAAGGCUGGUACUUAUGGCACAAUCUCCUCUGGAUCAUCUGGCUAUCGGUCUGGUACCAAUUACACAGGUACUGACCUAAUCGAGGAACACCUGAGGGAGAUUCGGGGACUGCGGCAGCAGUUGGAGGACUCUGUUCGCACCAACGAGCGACUGAGACAGCAGCUGGAAGACAGGCUGGCCUCAGUGGGCCGAAACAGCGGAGCACCCACAAAUAUCUACAUCCAAGGGCUGGAGUCUCUCAGCCAGCUGACCAAUGAGAAUCGAGCCCUGAAGGAGGAGGUUCUGGCUCUUCAGGCCCGGCUGCAGGCUAGCAGAGAUAGCUGCAAGGAGGUGGAGCACCUUCAGGAGGAGGUGCUGAUGGGGCGGGCACAGCUGAAGGAGGUGGAGUUGGAGGUGGAGGAGUGGAGGGAGGAGGUCAGGAGGCUGCAGGCACAUGGCUGCCAGCAGGGCCAGGAGAUCCAGCAGCUGAAGCAGGAACGGCAGACCAGCCAGGAGCACAACAACCGGCUCCACCAUGAGGUGAACCUGCUGCAGCAGCAGCUAUCGGAGAGCCGCAGGCUCCUGCACUCACUGCAGUGCGAGCUGCAGGUGUACGACCGCAUGUGCAGGAGCGGCAAGAACCCCUACUCAGGGUACGGGGGUGAGCUGACGUACCCAGGGACACCGUCGUCCCAGGAGCUGGGGGAGCUGCUGGUGGAGGUCCGCGGCCUCCGGGCGCAGCUGGAGCGCAGCGUGCAGGAGAACGGCGCCCUGCGCGCGCAGCUGGAGCAGCAGCUGGGCGGGGCCGUCGUCGUCGCCCGCGGCGACCGUCGGCCCCACACCAUCCCGGUCAGCCCCCAGCGGGACGGCGUCUACAAGAGGCAGCUGUUCCAUGACCCCGCGCCCUCUCCGCCUGUCAGAGACACAGGGCUGUUUAACAGUGCGUCCCCCUACGCCUCACUCACAGGCCUGGAGGACCCCCAACUCACUGCCAACGACGCACUGGACCCACACGCGGACCUGGAAGGGGAGGCGCCGGACGGUUCCUUCGCCAACAAGAACGGGCGGCAUGCCGUGGGGCACGUGGACGACUUCACCGCCCUCCGGCAGCAGGUCCUGGAGGGGAAGGCGCUGGUGCACAAGAUGAAGGGGGCACUGCUGGAUCUGGACCCCAGUGAGGUUCCGGACUACGGUGGCGUGACGGACCUCCUGGCCGAUGCCAAGACCCUGCAGCAGAUCCUGGAGGAGGCCGCCUCUCUCCUGAAGAUGUUCUGGAGGGCGGCGCUGCCCGAUAGCGAGAGGCUCGCCCAGCACGUCCAAAAGGAGCAGGCCCUGCAGAAGGAGGUGCACAACCUGAAGCUGCAGGUCACAAAGCAGGACGAGGUGCUGCAAGGCACUGUGGAGAGGCUCAGGAGCACCAACCGCACCAAGGAGGGCAUGGAGCGCUUUAUCAUCAGCCAACUGUCCAGGACACGUGACGUCCUGAAAAAAGCACGAUCAAAUCUGCAGAAGAAUGAGUUCAAGAUUUCCUCCUUAAGUUCCUCUUCUUCCUCUACCUCCCCCUACCCUGCUAAAGCUGAGGUCCUUAGAGGGGCCGGGGAUCAGCCUCCUGAUUGGGGUAUCAUGAGCCCACGUUCCCGGCUACCAGGCGGAGGUGCGACUAGCCAGCGCCCAGCCAGGAAGCGCGGGGGACAGCGCCUACUCCAAGUGGCCACAAACUAAACCAGCGGGAGACCCAGCGGUGUCUCCACCCUCCAACACUGACACCACUCUUAAAGAGGGGAGGACCCAUUUGCCUUUUUGCUGAACUAUGUUUGACGAACUGCUUUGUUUUCUCAGAAGCAUACCAUAGAGACUCUGGUAUGAUCUGCUUUUGCUUUGCGAACAAGAAGAUGGGAAUUGAGUUUGGGAAAGACUUUGUGAUGCAUCUGUGUGUGCCCUGGCCUGCCAUAAUGUUAUUUACCUGGCCAACCAGUGGAAGAUAAAAUUUUAUGUUGUAUACACCUUUGUUGGUGGGGAGAGAAAAUCUUAAAAUAUCAACAAGUUUCCUUCGCUACCCUUCGAAUCUGCUACCACAGAAACAUUUCUUCAAGACAAUUUCACUUUCAAAUUGAUAAGACAUUUUAAAACCUUGGAUAAUCUGCUGGUAGAGGGGAAAUUUAUUUUUCCUGGAAAACAUUGGAAACAAAUUUGAGUGGAUUUUGCAGAUUUUUCUUUCACAUUAAAGUAUUUCUAUAUGUUCUGUUUUCUUCAAGUAAUGCCUGGGAAUGGUUUUGCUGCCAUUUCAAGACACUCUCCUUUGUGAAGAGAACAGCAUGUACUCAGUAUUAGGGCUGUCCAUUCUAGAUGAGCAUGUGCAAUAAGUUUGGCUGUUUGCCCGACAGCUCGGUCGCACCAGCUUUUGCCUGACUGAAACUGAAGUAUUUAAUCUAAGGCUAAGACCGUCAGUGCAAUAUUCUGAAACACUACUGACAGAAAUAAGAUACUAGUUUUAGGAGAAGUAGCUUUGGGAGGUAGAAUGGAAAUGCACAUUCGUGUAUUGCGGUCAUACAUUUAUGCGUAUCACCAACACUGCCAAAGUUUGAACUCCUAACGUCCUUUUAUUUAGCAUCUUCCAUGAGUAUUACGGAGGCUGCACGUGACUCUGAAUUCAGACACGACUGUCGCAAUUCAUUUCUGUCUUUGGGUGAAAACCCAUUUUGACCAUCCUCAGACAGCGAUUAGAUAGACUCGGUAACCAUUACAUGUUUGGUCCAAUUGAAUCCAUAUUGAGUAGAUGGCAUUUAUUUUAACGUAAGGACCAAACAUUACAUUCUUUUAGCUGUAAAUUGUAAUUUGUUUUUUUUCCAAAUCCUAAAAUGAUGUUUUUGUGUUUUUAGAACUGGAUGCAGUAGUUCUUCUAAAUUUAGUGAUUUGUGUUAGUUCAGAUUUAAAGAGCAUUCCUGUUACAGUUGUGAAUAGAUGUUACAUGUUCUCCAUAUGUUCAAAUGAAGAUGUUGCAAACUUUGGCAGGGUAAGUGGUGAAAUUGAUGUUCUUCAUCUCACAAUCAGUAAUGCUGUCACACAAAGUUGUUUCUUGGCUGCUUCUCUGCUUUUUGCUGUAUAUUUCUGCAUUUUGAUGUUGUACAUAAUAUGGCUUUCUAUUAUAUUACUUUCGUGUUUUUGUGUGUGAUUAGGAUGCGACAAUUUAAUAUAUGUGAAAAUGAAAUAUCUGGGUAGCAGUGCAAUAGCCAACAAUACCUUAUGUUCUUUCAGAUGUUUAACAUCAUCCAGGACAAAUACUGAAGUGCUGGGUGAACCAUUUUCUGCUUGGUGUUGACCCCUUGUUGUGUGUGUUGAUGCUUAUGCCAUUUUAAGAUUGUCCAUAUUUCAGGACACACACUCACACGGUGUUAUAAUUGAUAAUAUGUAGUCUUGCCCUCAAACAGAUUUGGCUGGAAUGAAAUACAGGCUUCUAGGUAGUCAGCUAGCUUACAGGGCUUUGACAAUGUAGUACGUUUAUCUUUCUUUAGUUUUGGGCUGAAUUGUAUUUAUCAAAAAAUAAAACCUUAGCAUGCGCCAACCUGGUCAAUUUUCCCCCAAAGGAUCAGUGAGCACUAGAGCUCGACCCAAACUUAAGCGUUCUUUGGAUUUAACAGGAAGUUAGCAAAACAAGUAUUAUAACAAGUAUUAUAAUACAAGUAUGAUAUGUUUCUGUUAGUGCCACGUACUCCUUAUAGCCUUAAACAAAGCUCUCCUUAUGUGGCCCUGUUGCGUUAAGAGAUGAAACCAGCAUUGUAAAGCCUUUUCUGUGUGGGUAUAACCUUGUAUGAUAUGUAUAUAGCAAUCGCACACCAGUUUGAUUUGAUGCCAAGCUUUUCAACAUGGGCAUAUUAGAAAAGACAAACCAUUUGUGAGCGUUGAAAUAGGCCCCAGGCCCUGUCUCUUGACUGAAGACAGGGUGUGUUGUAAUGAAUAAAAGAUGCUUUGAAGGUUUUUUUGCUCAGUGGAAUAAAACGAGAAAAUCUAAACCUCCGGACU